CGAGGAGGUGGAGUACGCGUGUGCGACAUCCGUGCACGUGUAUGUGACAGUGACGUAGCUAUCUUGAGAGGGUACCAUGCGUUUCUCGGAUACGAAAUUCGUAACCCUUUCGCAUUCCAAGUACAUCCGCCCGAAAUUAUGCCCUGAUUUUCAAACGACCCUUCACUUGCCUGCCAUUAUCAUUGAUCGGUAAUAAAACGAACGCUAACGAUUCUCUCCUGAUUAUUCUUAACACCGGAGCAAUACGAUCCCGUUGUAUCGCGUAACGGAUUAUCGUGUAUCUUGAGAAGGCUGGUCUACCUGAGAUCGCGAGAUCGACAAACGGAUCGGUGUCAACGACUGAGAGUAUUUUUCCAUCUCAACUUAUUUCCAAUGGAUAACGGAAUGAAAGUCCUAUUCGCGAGCGUGCGAGCACAGACAUUCGGUACGCGAGAAUAAUGUGCGCAAUCGGAAUGCUAAGUACUAGAAGAAACACCCCCUCCUUUCCUAUAAAUACUUGAGAUAUUCAACAUUCCUUGCCAGAAGGCAUGCUCGUAUUUACACGUUCAAAUCAUCGUUACUUUCCUCGAUGCAAGUCGACACCUUUUCGGGUCUCUUCUCUUUCUACAGAAGUUUCUUCUCUUUCACAUGAAAUACAGUGAAAUACAAUGGCACGAAAAUUUAAAUUUAAAAAGGAAAGGUGCCAUUUGCGUAUAAAAUGAAAAAUUGUACCCGUCAUAGGUGUACAAGGAUAGCGAAGGUGUUACAUUUAUACAUCCGGCUGGGUCAAAAUGACGCCGAAUCGGUUGAAAGGUACACGUCCCUGCAACUGAACGUAGCGUAGCGUCGAAGAAGGGCCCCCACCUGUUUCGUUUGAAACAGCCUGAACGGAGCGUGUCCACGAAGAGGUGGGGACGAAAGAAACGUCAGUAGGCGCGGCAGUUUUCUGACGCCGCUUACCUAAGCAACACGCACCGUGUGUACCCUGUGUUCCUCUAUAUUUUAAUCAGUUCCCUCAGUCAAUUUCCUUUUCUCCCCCCGUGUAUUCCCUUUGACCCCGAGUUUCCCGUACAAUCGACGGCCCUGCGGUGUUACCUCGGCGCUGAUCGAUACACCAAGACCACUCGAGCCAGCAGGCCAUAGUCGCAGCAGUUCCACAGGACUUCUCUCCAAGGUUCCAUUUAAUUCGUUCUCCAGAACAGGAUCCCAGGGCGACCUCUGCUUCAGCGUUUCUUCAGCCACGAAGUGCAAGAGCGUCUGGAGGAUCCGCCGGUGCACGUGGAACCGGUAUGCUCGUCCGUUUGUGACAUCGUUGACGAGGUUUGCUACGUUCUCCGCUCCUGCAGGGACGAGAACGCUCGCGAGCUCGUUCGAUUGUUGAGGAGUUCUCACCUGAAGGCGCUUCUCGAGACCCACGACGCGGUUGUCGAACGAAAGGAAGCACCUCCGAAGCUCGAACCGUCGCCGACGACGAUGCCCACCAACGAGAGGACAGAGGCUGUCAGGAUGGUUGGCCUCAGACGACAACCCGACGAACCUUUGGGCUUAACGGUGCAAGUCGACGAAUCUGGUAAUUUGAUAAUCGCCAGGAUCCUCGGUGGUAGCACAGCAGCGCGUCAAGGACUGUUGAGAACCGGCGAGGUGAUCCUCGAAGUGAACGGAAAGGAAGUUCAUAAUCCGGAGGAGCUUCAGGAAGCCAUUCACGAGGCGAAGGAGAAUCUGACGUUGAAAUUGGCCCCGGGUAUUGCGAGUGACGGUAAUCGACCUCUGAAAUCCACGUGUUACAUGAGAGCGUUGUUCGACUACGACCCCUCGGAGGACAGUCUGCUACCAUGCAGAGAGAUAGGACUUCCGUUCCAGAAGGGCGACGUGUUACAAAUCGUGGACCAAGCUGACCCGAAUUGGUGGCAAGCCCGUCGCGUGGAGGGCGAAGGUCUCGGUCAACCAGGUUUGAUCCCCUCGUUGGAACUCGAGGAACGUAGGAAGGCGUUCGUUCCGCCGGAAGCUGACUUCGUGCACAAGAUCAGCAUCUGCGGCACCAGGAUCUCGAAGAAGAAGAAGAGGAAAAUGUACCAAUCGAAAUCGAACGGCGAGUUCGACGGUGCUGAAUUGCUUUUGUACGAAGAAGUUGCCAGGAUGCCACCGUUCAGACGUAAAACACUGGCCUUCGUUGGUCCUAGAGGCGUUGGUCGAAGGACCCUGAAGAACAGGUUGAUAAACAGCGAUCCAGAGAAAUUCGGUACCAUCGUUCCGUUUACUUCGCGACCGCCAAGGGUGCUCGAAGAAGAUGGUAAAAGUUACUGGUUCACCGAACGGGAAACGAUGGAGACCGAUAUCAGAGAGCACCGAUAUCUCGAAUACGGAGAACACGGGGGCCAUUUGUACGGUACGAAGCUCGAUUCUGUACGAGAAUUGAUAAGAGCUGGUAAAAUGUGCGUGCUGGACUGCAGCCCGGCUGCUCUGAAGAUCCUCCACAACAGCACGGAAUUCAUGCCGUAUGUGAUCUUCAUCGCAGCACCGGGAAUGGAACAGUUGAAGUGUUUGUACGACCUGGGAAGGUCUACCGGCGCGAGCAGUCGAAACUUGACGUUUGACCGCCAGAGUUCCAUCAGGUACAGCUCGAGAAGAGCCAGGACGCUGGAGUCCCUUGCUUCCUUAUACGAGGAGGACGAUCUGAAGUCGACGUUAGAGGAAUCAGCAGCUCUGCAACGUGCCUACGAGAAGUACAUCGAUCUGGUGAUCGUGAACGAGGACUUCGACAAUACAUUCAGACAAGUGGUCGCCGCGUUGGACGCGUUAGCCACCGAGCACCAAUGGGUACCAGUGAACUGGAUCUACUGAACACGAGUCGCGCCAAAUCGUGUGGAGUUCAAAUAUUGCGACGGGAACUCGAUGUUCCGAUCGAAAAACGAAACCGCGUUUAAUGCCACUGGGGAACACGCGCGAUGUCAACUCUUUGUAGACGUCGCAGAACGUGCUCGUCAGAAAUCGACCAUCGUCGAGCGUGUCGUUAUUACGUUUGCAUUCGUACCAUUGUAUCGUCGUGCAAUAUACAGCGAUCUUGAGCUAUUGCUACAUGUAUCAUAAAGUUCUUUUAGCGUACAAGGACGCGCUCGACCCCGGUAAAACGGCUAUGCAAGGUAUUCUAUUUUAUCGAACGAACAGAAGGAGCUUAGUGAUUUUUAAAAAGGAUAAUGUAUCUUUUAUUUUGAGAAACACACGAACAACGAUGGUCGACAAAGGAGACUGUCCGGUGAAACGGCCUCGCGUUUCAGUGCGCCCAUUAUUCUAGCAAGUACAAUCGUAGCAUUUAUGUUCUAUCGUUUUAAGUUUACACGAGGAACCGUUCUCUCUCCAAAUUUUCACCAACCAGAGGUAAACACAUUGUAACAAUGAAUCAGGUAGGAUCUUUGUAAUUGCAUCGAUGAUCCUUUCGUUACAUUCCCUUAAACAGCUCAAGGCCAACGGUGGAGAACGGGCUCGAUUAAUGUUGUAAGCGUUAAACACCGCCGUCCAAUUGCGUACUUUUUAUUAGAGUUAGCCGCCUAGGUUUUUCAUUUUCUUCGAACCACGAGCCUGUAAUCACGCGUAUACAUACGUUUCUUUAUUUUAUGAUAACACUUAUCGUAAGGAUGUACUUUUCGUUCUUUUAUUAAUAUAUUAUUGUGUACACUCGAGUGCAGCAUAGGCCUUUUUUAGUUAAGAGGGGACUAAAGAAUGUGAACAAAUCAGGCGAGUGAUAAAACACUCCUUUCCCUAAAAUUCUUUUUAAUUAAAAUUAGUCUAAAUUGCACGCGACUGUACUUCCGUUUGUAUCGCUCGUGCACGCUGAACGUAUUCCUGGCAUAGAGUGCCUUAUAAGCGCAAGCCUGCACCUCUUAAAUCGGCUUGCGGGCGAAGACCUACUAUGUCGAGACGAGAUUUUCUCUUAUGCUCGAGAGUUUUACGUAAGACACGUAUUUUCUAAUGAUCUGAAACACAUGUGCACGUGGAAACAUGAUGGGCACGUGGAAAUAAAGUUUAUCGAGCGUU